GAGAGUUUUUAUAUACAUUAUAUGUGUGUGUGCAUGUGUGUGUGUGAAUAUGUCUGUAUAUAUAUUUAUACAUACACAUAAACAUCCACAUGGACAUUAACAGGGGAAUGAGAUAAUGAAAACAGUAUUUCAGGGAAUUAUUCUAGCAAAAUGUGUCCAGGAUUACUAGGAUGAAGGAAGAGUUUAAAGACAAGAAGGUCAGUUAGAGAUUUUUUGCUAUAAUCACUAACCAGAGAGGGUAAAAAUAGGUGGUGGUAGAGGGAAAGAAAGAAAAUGAGCCAAGGUAUCUUACAAAGCAAACAUUGACAGAGUAUAGUGAAAAUUCAAAUUUUGAGUCAGAAUAACAGAUAAUUAUGAUGGAAUGAAUAGGGAAAUCUGAAAAGCAAGGAACACUGGGAAGACAGAUGUUGAUUUCAAUUUGGCAUACAUUGAGUUUAAUGUGUCUGUAGGUCAUCCAGGUAGAAGAGGGUCCAGGCGGUUGAAAAGGGGGCUGGAGAUAAAGAUUACAGGAAUGGUGAAGUAUAGAAGAGUCUCCAACUCCUGGGCUCAAGUGAUCCUUCCACCUCAGCCUCCCAGAGUGUCAGGAUUACAGGCAUGAGCAACCGCUCCUGGCUGGGACUAAUAAUUCUUCUAAGCCAAUUACUCUGUAUAUGGUAUAACCCAUAUAUAGAAACUGGGCCAAUUGCAAAUUCAGAUGGGACCUCUUUAGAUGUACUUAGAAACUUGAUUUGGAGCUUAGAACUCGUCACUUUAAUAAUUAAUUCUUUGAUUGAGUCCAAAACCUUGUUAACAAAGGAUUCUGCUUUUGAAUUAGUGAAGGUUUAAAUUUCAGUUUUAUUAGGUUAGAAUUAAAGAAUUUAACUUAGUGGCUAUCUGUGCUCAUGAAAGAUGUGUCUUAUAAAUUAUAUAUACAUGCUCAAAUCAAAAUGUAAAACCAAUAUUAUAAAUGUCUUCUAGGCAAUGUUAAAACAUUUUCUUGAGGCCAAAGUGGGUGGGAGCACGUGCUGCUGGGAGUUGCUUGGCGGCACGGGGCUGAAGGCUAGCAAACCAAGUGAUCAUGUUGCACAAACAAAUUUACUAUUCGGACAAAUAUGACGAUGAGGAGUUUGAGUAUCAACAUGUCAUGCUGCCCACGGACAUAGCCAAGCUGGUCCGUAAAACCCAUUUGAUGUCUGAAUCUGAAUGGAGGAAUCUUGGCAUUCAGCAGAGUCAGGGAUGGGUCCAUUAUAUGAUCCAUGAACCAGAACGUCACAUCUUGCUGUCUUGGCACCCACUACCUAAGAAGCCAAAGAAAGGAAGCUGGCAAGCUGCUUUUCAGCCUCAAGCUUUACACAGCUCUCCUUACUUCCUAACAUCUUUCUGAUAACAUUAUUAUGUUGCCUUCUUGUUUCUCACUUUGAUAUUUAAAAUAUGUUCCAUACACUGUUUGAAUGUGCUAGUAACUGCUUUGCUUCUUGAGUAGAGCCACCACCACCAUAGCCCAGCCAGAUGAGUGCUCUGUGGACCCACAGCCUCAGCUGAGUGUGAUCCCAGAAGCCACGAUGUGCUCUGUAUCCAGAACACAGUUGGCAGAUGGAGGAAGCAUCUGAGUUUGAGACCAUGGGUGUUACAGGGAUCAUGUAAACUUGCUGUUUUUGUUUUAUACGGCCAGGUGUUUUAUCCUGCCUGGCGACUUGUGGAUUUAUGUUUCAGUGUACUGGAAACUUUCCAUUUUAUUCAAGAAAUCUGUUCAUGUUAAAAGCCUUGAU